ACAGAAACUCGGUGCCGCAAAGGAGGGCGGAAAUCAGACGGUAGCAACCAGGGUACAUUGGCAUUUCAUAUUUUUAUUAUUUAAAUGCUUCUACAUAUAGGGCACUCACCCAAUACGGCCUAGCACCUUUCCGUAAAUCGAAUCAGUAACACCGCUCUCCCAUCCACAUAAAAGCCUGCACCCUCUCGUCCGCCCUCCAGCCUUCACUCUCCCCUGUUUCCUAAUUUAUCCAUCAUCAACACACGCCUCUCUUCCCGCAGCACAACCCACUUUCAUCAACAUCCGUCCCCAUCCAUCACCAGUCUAAAACAAACUACCUCUCAAUCUCAGCCAACAUGACUGGACGCGGCAAGGGCGGCAAGGGUCUCGGCAAGGGUGGUGCCAAGCGCCACCGCAAGAUUCUUCGUGACAACAUCCAAGGCAUCACCAAGCCGGCUAUCCGACGUCUCGCUCGUCGUGGUGGCGUCAAGCGUAUCUCUGCCAUGAUCUACGAGGAGACCCGAGGUGUCCUCAAGUCAUUCCUCGAGGGCGUCAUCCGUGAUGCCGUCACCUACACCGAGCAUGCUAAGCGCAAGACCGUGACUUCGCUUGACGUCGUCUACGCCCUAAAGCGACAGGGCCGCACCCUGUACGGUUUCGGUGGUUAAUCGUGUCCACGGCUAUUUGCUGUCCUGUCGGCUUGGCUGUCUACAUUUGCUGCUAUGUGCCACGUCCGACUCGCAACGGAAUUCCACUGUGCUAUGAGCCUCGAUUAUUGGGUAUGGCGGAUGUGUGAUUCCAGGCUUGAUUGCGGGCAGCACCGAGUAAAGGACUACGAUGGGAGUUCUGGAGGGAGAGAGGGAUGGUUGUGACAUUACGGACAGGCAUGAUACACAUUUUCAGACAUUGGCGUUGGUGGUUUACGAUACGGAUGGUCUUCACAAUGGUCUUUGAAGAGGGCUAUCGGCAUUGCGUGGCCUAGCCCGACGAAUUACGGCAUGCAGAAUCAAUAAAUACAUGUGCAUUGUCAAGCAGGACGU